AUGGGGAAGACAGGUGGAAGGGACGACUUUGAAUGGGUCUACAACGAUCAGCCGCACACGUCCAGGAGAAAAGAGAUACUGGCCAAAUAUCCAGAGAUCAAGUCCCUGAUGGGUCCGGACCCCCAGCUGAAGUGGGUAGUAUCAGGCAUGGUCCUAUCCCAGCUCCUGGCCUGCUACCUGGUCCACACCCUGUCCUGGAAGUGGAUCUUCUUCUGGGCUUACGCCUUCGGAGGCUGCAUCAACCACUCCCUGACUCUAGCCAUCCACGACAUCUCUCACAAUGUGGCCUUCGGCAACAAGCUGGCCAAGUGGAACCGCUGGUUCGCCAUGUGGGCCAACCUGCCCAUCGGCCUGCCCUACUCCUCCGCCUUCAAGAAGUAUCACAUCGACCACCACCGCUAUCUGGGAGGCGACAAGCUGGACGUCGACAUCCCCACGGACUUAGAGGGAUGGUUCUUCUGCACCCCGGCCAGGAAGGUUGUGUGGCUCUUCCUCCAGCCGCUUUUUUACGCCCUGCGCCCGUUGUUGGUCAAUCCUAAACCAGUGGGUCCGCUGGAAAUCCAGAACGCGGUGGUCCAGCUCUUGACAGAUUUAAUCAUCUAUUAUCUAUGGGGGCCGAAGCCCAUUGUUUACCUCAUUGCAGGAUCCAUCCUGGGUAUGGGACUGCAUCCAUUCUCUGGACAUUUCAUAGCUGAGCAUUACAUGUUCCUGAAGGGACACGAGACCUAUUCCUACUAUGGACCUCUGAACUUGCUCACCUUCAAUGUGGGCUAUCACAUGGAGCACCAUGACUUCCCCAGCAUACCCGGCAGUAAACUACCUCAGGUCAAGAAAAUCGCAGCGGAGUAUUACGACUGCCUGCCUCAACACACUUCCUGGAGCCGGGUAUUAUGGGACUUUGUGUUCGAUGACAGCAUCGGCCCCUAUGCCAGAAUCAAGCGGGAGUACAAGCUGACCAAGCAGGGGUAG